AUGAGUUCCACCAUCAAGUUGGAGAAAACCGACCGGAGAGAUACUCUCGUGGCCAUCGAGCAAAAGUACCAGCAAUACUGGCAAGAUGGCCGCUUUUUCGAGGUCGAUGCGCCCUCGUACGAGGAAGAUCCCCAACAAGACGGUUGUGAGUUGAGAGAAACUCACCCUAAGUUCUUCGCUACCAUGGCUUACCCAUACAUGAACGGUGUUUUGCAUGCGGGCCACUCCUUCACUUUGUCCAAGGCCGAGUUUGCCACUGGUUUCGAGAGAAUGAACGGAAAGAGAGCAUUGUUCCCCUUGGGAUUCCAUUGUACUGGUAUGCCUAUCAAGACCUCUGCCGACAAGAUCAAGCGUGAGGUUGAGAUGUUUGGCGCUGACUUUUCUGGCGUUCCUGCUGAAGAGGACGAGGAGGAACAGAAGCCAGAGGAAGUUAGAGAGAAGGCAGACCUCACCAAGUUUUCCGCUAAGAAGUCCAAGGCUGUCGCUAAACAGGGCAGAGGUAAGUACCAGUUUGAGAUCAUGAUGCAAUUGGGUCUUAAGCGCGAGGAAGUCGCCGCUUUCGCUGACCCCCAGCACUGGUUGCACUAUUUCCCUCACUUGGUCCGUAGAGAUGUGAACGCAUUUGGUGGUAGAGUUGACUGGAGAAGAUCCAUGGUCACCACUCCCGCCAACCUUUACUACGAUGCUUUCGUUCGCUGGCAAAUCAACAGAUUGAAGGACGUCGGUAAGAUCAAGUUCGGAGAGAGAUACACCAUCUACUCCGAGAAGGAUGGCCAGGCUUGUUUGGACCACGACAGACAAUCUGGUGAGGGUGUCAACCCACAAGAGUACGUCGGCAUCAAGAUUGAGGUCACUGAAUUCGCUGCAGAGGCCCAAAAGGUCUUUGCCGAGAACAACUUCGACCUUGCCGCCAACAAGGUUUACUUGGUCGCUGCCACUUUGAGACCCGAGACCAUGUACGGUCAAACCUGUUGUUUUGUUUCUCCAAAGAUCACAUACGGAGUCUUCAAGGCUUCCGAGGGUGUUUACUACAUCACCACCAAGCGUGCUUUCAAGAACAUGUCUUUCCAAAAAUUGACUCCAGUUAGAGGUGACUACACUGCUGCUUUGGAGCUCAACGGUGCUACCAUUGUUGGCUCUAAGAUCAGUCCUCCUUUGGCUUUGGCUUCCGACUUGCGUGUCCUUCCUAUGGACAGCAUUCUUGCCAACAAGGGUACCGGUGUUGUGACCUGUGUCCCAUCUGACUCUCCUGAUGACUUUGUCACCUCCAGAGACUUGGUCAACAAGCCCGAGUACUACAAGAUCGAGAAGGAGUGGGUGCAAUCCGAGAUAAUUCCUAUUGUUCAAACCACCAAGUACGGAAACAAGUGUGCCGAGUUUUUGGUCAACGAAUUGAAGAUUCAGUCUCCAAAGGAUGCUGUUCAAUUGGCCCAGGCCAAGGAGCUCUCGUACAAAGAGGGUUUCUACAACGGUACCAUGCUUGUUGGUAAAUACAAGGGCGAAGCAGUCGAGGCUGCCAAGCCUAAAGUCAAGGCUGACAUGGUCGCUUCAGGUGAUGCUUUCGUCUACAACGAGCCAGAGAACUUGGUUAUGUCCAGAUCUGGUGAUGAGUGUGUCGUCUCAUUGGAGGACCAAUGGUACAUUGACUACGGUGAGGAAGUAUGGAAGGGUCAGGCCUUGGAGUGUCUUGCCAGCAUGGAGACCUACGGUAAGGAGACUAGAAACGGUUUCGAGGCUGUUUUGGAUUGGCUUAAAAACUGGGCUCUUACCAGAACCUACGGUUUGGGUACUAAGUGUCCAUGGGAUGAGUCUCAAUUGAUCGAAUCCUUGUCCGAUUCGACCGUUUACAUGGCAUACUACACUAUUGCUCGUUUCCUUCACUCCGACUACUACGGUAAGGUUCCCGGUAAAUUCAACAUCAAGCCUGAGCAAAUGACCGAUGAGGUUUUCGACUACAUUUUCACUGGUCGCGAGGGUCUCAAGACCGACAUCCCUAUUGAGGAGUUGAACGAAAUCAAGAGAGAGUUUGAGUACUUCUACCCAGUGGAUGUGAGAGUUUCCGGUAAGGACUUGGUUCCAAACCAUUUGACUUUCUUCAUCUACACUCACGUUGCUCUCUUCCCAAAGAAGUUCUGGCCAAGAGGUGUUAGAUCAAACGGUCACUUGAUGUUGAACAACGCUAAGAUGUCCAAGUCUACUGGUAACUUCUUGACUUUGCAACAAAUUGUUGAGAAGUUUGGUGCCGAUGCUUCUAGAAUUGCCUUGGCUGAUGCUGGUGACACUGUCGAGGAUGCCAACUUUGACGAGUCCAACGCCAACGCCGCCAUUUUGCGUUUGACCACAUUGAAGGAGUGGUGUGAGGAGAUCACCGCUUCAAAGGACUCUUUAAGAACCGGUGAAUUUGACUCCUUGUUCGACCAAGCUUUUGAGAACGAGAUGAACUACUUGAUUGAGCAGACCUAUGAGCUGUACGCUCAAACAAACUACAAGACCGCUCUUAAGACCGGAUUGUUCGAUUUCCAAACCGCUAGAGACUACUACAGAGACUCUGUGGCUACCAUGCACAAGGACUUGGUUUUCAAGUACAUCGAGAUGCAAGCCUUGUUGUUGGCCCCUAUCGCUCCUCACUUUGCUGAGUACUUGUACAAGGAGGUUUUGGGUAACGAGGGAUCCAUUCAGAACGCCAAGUUCCCAAGAGCAUCCAAGCCAGUUUCUCAGGGUUUGUUGGACUCCUUGGAGUACGUCAAGGAGUUGUCCAGAGCUGUUCGUGAUGCCGAGGGUGUUGUGUUGAAGUCCAAGAAGGGUAAGGCCGAGGUUGACUCCACCAAGCCAACGUCUUUGACUUUGCUCGUUGCCACAUCUUUCCCUGAAUGGCAGGACCAAUACAUCGAGUUGGUCAGAGAAUUGUUCGAGAGCCUGAGUUUGACUGACAACAAGGUCAUCAAGGAGCGUGUUGGUAAGGAUAUGAAGAGAGCCAUGCCAUUCAUUAACUUCCUUAAGCAAAGAUUGGUCAAGGAAGACCCUAAGAUUGUUUUCAACAGAAAGUUGACCUUCAACGAGGGCGAGCUUUUGGCACAGGUUCUUGACAUCAUUCAAAGAUCCACCACCACCAUCAAGGUCGAGAAGGUCAAUGUGAUCACCUUCGCAUACGGUAGUGCCACUGGUGUUGACAUUGCCACUGGCGAGGAGGUUGAGAUCCCAGCCACUGGUAAGGUUGUGGAGGCUGCUGUUCCUGGUCAGCCUGGUAUUGUUAUCCGUAACAUUUAG